AUGCUGGGAAAGUUGGCAAUGUUUGGAUUGGAUGAUGCAUCAACUGGUAGGACUGGUGGUAGGGUUGGUGGCCAGUUCUUCAGGUCACCGGCGACUCCCGCCGGACCCAAAAGCAAGAAUUCAAGGAGGACCGAGAACAAUGUCGAAUCUCCAAAGCAGCAUCUACUAGUUGGUGGCUAUGGUUGUGGCAUUGGUGUGCCAAUCUUUGGGAGCUGGGGCUGUACUCCAUUUUCGUUCUUCGGACCAGGUCCCACUGUAGCAGAAUGCAUUGGAGAGACUGGAAUUAAAACUAUACUCUUGUUUAUACUUAUUGGUUUUGCCGCUGCUGUUAUCAGGAAAUACUUCAUGUCAAGAGAGGAAGAUGAUGAUACAAAGAUCGAGUAG